UCCUCACUCUUAGCUCGCUGUUUUAUAACGACGGACGUCUUAGUUUAAUAUUAGUCUCGGGAUUACGAAAAACCAAAUCUUUGCCUAUCUUAUGGGCACAAGAUCGACUUUCUUAGGCGAUAGUGUGAUUUUUUUUUUCAACGAACUGUCACUUGAAAACAAUUCGAAAAUAUCAAUAAGGAAAUUACCAACAACAUCGAGGAUUACUUCUGUUUUCAAUAAGUUUUAUGAAAGUAGUGGUAAUCAAUCGUUUCAAUUGAAGUAAUUAACGUCAAACGAAGAAAAAAAGAAAGUGAAAAGAGAAAAGAAGGAAAAAAAGAUUUGCAAAUUGUUAAAGAGGAAGAAAAUUUUGUGUGCACAUCGUGUGAGAUAUAGAAGAAUAAAAGUGUUAUAUAAUGCAUCGGCAAAAUUUUAGUUCGCAACAACAAAAAAGCGUGCAAGAGUAUGCUGUCAAUCAGGAUAGCAAUCAAUACCAUCAGCAGCAGCAACAGCUACAACAACAACAGCAGCAGCAGCAACAGUUAGCUCAGCAACAAAGGAUUACGCGUACCGAGCAUACUAUCCGUCAAGUAACGCAGCAAAGAGUACAUGGUUCAGAAAACCAAUACAAUCAAGGUGGUUUAGCCAAUCAACCACAGAGUCAAAGUGAUAUUUCUCCACCAGUAUUUGAAAAAAUCUUCAAAAAUGCACGUUUCGCUCAGGGCGGAAAUGCAUUGUUUGAAGGCAAACUACGUGGAAAUCCAAAACCGGUUGUUUCUUGGACGCGAAAAGGCGCACCACUUCUCCCGUCCAACAAAUACCAAAUAAAUUACAAUGAGAAUACGGGUGAUGUAUCACUUUUGAUUAACCAUAUUGGUCCUGGCGAUGAAGGCGAGUAUACAUGCACCGCUAGAAACCAAUAUGGUGAAGCAAUUUGCUCGGUUCAUAUUCAACCCGAAGGUCAACCGCUUCCACCGAUGCAAAAUGUCCAUCAGCAAUUCUAUAAACAAACUAAUCAAUCGAAUCAAUUUUCGAAUGGCUACUCUUUCACAUCGAUUCAUGAGGAGUUCAAAGUAGAUACGUUCGAGUAUCGUAUUUUACGCGAAACAUCAUUCAGAGAGUCAGUGACGCGUCGUAAUGUUGGCGAAAACGAUUACAAUUUGUGCUAUGAAGUUGAUCGUAAUCUUGGACCGGCCACUCCACCACAAAUCACACAAAAACCACGUAACUCGAAGUUAGUUGAAGGUUCGGAUGCCACUUUCUCUGCUAAAGUUGGCUCAAAUCCAAGACCAAGAUUGACAUGGUUCAAAGAUGGUCAACGUUUGGUCGACAGUAGCAAGCAUGAAACGAUAUAUUCCAAUAAUCAAGCUACGUUGCGCAUCAGAAAUUCAAAUGCCAACGACUCUGGCCACUACACGUUGUUAGCGGAAAAUCCGCAAGGUUGUGUUGUUUCAUCGGCUGUGCUAGCCAUUGAGCCAGCUCAAGAAGUGCCCGUUUACCGACAACCAGACGCACAAGCCGAAUUAGCCGAACAAGGAAAAGCUCUGGCACCUAACUUUAUUCGUGUCUUUGAAAACAGAGAUGUGACUGAAGGAAAAAUGACAAGAUUCGAUUGCCGAAUUACCGGUCGUCCGUAUCCGGAAGUGUUGUGGUACAUAAAUGAUAAACAAGUGCAAGACGAUGCAACGCACAAAAUUCUUGUCAAUGAAUCGGGCAACCAUUCGUUGAUGAUUACAAAUGUUAGCCGAUACGACGCUGGUACUGUCACAUGCGUUGCUCGUAACAAGGCUGGAGAAGUAGCCAUUCAAGCUCAACUAGGCGUAGUGGAAAAGGAACAAGUGGUCGCACCCAAAUUUGUUGAACGUUUCACUACUGUCAAUGUCCGCGAAGGCGAACCAGUUUUAUUGAAUGCACGUGCAAUUGGAACACCUGUGCCACGAAUCACAUGGCAAAAGGAUGGAAGCACAUUGUUGCCAAACCCAAAUCUAUACGUUUCGGUUGACGGAGGUGCCACCUCACUUGAUAUACCCAGAGCAACCGCUGCUGAUGCUGGUUGGUAUCAAUGCACUGCUCAAAAUGUUGCGGGAUCGACAGCAACACGAGCACGCCUCUAUGUGCAACUACCCAAAGAUCCAACCCCCGAGCAAAGACGUCUUUACUUCCCACGGCCGACUAAGAUUAUCGAACCUGAACCUGAACCCGAACCCGAAGUUAUUUUUUUGCGACAUGUUGAGCGUGCAAGACCGCAUGCUCGACCUGAGGAUGGAGACCGCGUUUAUCCACCGCCUCAAUUUAUUGUGCCAUUGAAAGAUGUCACACAAACUGAAGGUGGUAAAAUUCACUUCGAGGGUCGCAUUGAACCAGUUGGAGACCCCACGAUGUAUGUCGAAUGGUUUUUGAAUGGAAGACCAUUAGCCGCAAGCUCUCGAUCAACCUAUAUAUUUAAAUUUGGAUUUAUUGCACUUGAUAUGUUGAGUAUUAUCGCCGAAGAUGCUGGCGAGUACGUUUGCCGAGUCACAAGUGCGACUGGCGUUGCUGAAUCUCGUGGCAUUUUACGAGUUACGCAACGUUCAACAAUUGAAAAAUCGUCGCAAAACCCGAAUAGUUUGCAAUAUAUUCAACAAUUAGAAGAUUACUCAAGAUACCAACGAACCGAAAGCGUUGAUGAUUCAAUCAAUGAAAAGCCAGCUUUCAUUCGUCCACUAAGAAAUUUGGGUCAGCUGGAAGAGGGUAGAAAUGCUCAUUUCGAAGGUCAAUUGUCACCUGUGAACGAUUCAACGAUGAAGGUUGAAUGGUACAAGGACGGGCGUCCAAUCACAGCAAGCUCACGAAUUACCGCCAUCUUCAACUUUGGCUAUGUCUCUCUCAAUAUUUUGCACUUAAGAGCUGAAGAUAGCGGUUCGUACACUUGCCGUGCCGUGAACCGUCUUGGUGAAGCCAUUAGCACUGCAACGAUACAAGUUUUUUCCCGUAACACCGUUACUGCUGACCUCGGAAUUCCCGAACAACAACGAUAUAUCGAGAGCGUUGAAGAGCUCGAGUCUCAUCAACGUCAACAACAACAAAAAUAUGCACAGGAGAUACCGGAAAGUGUAUCACCACCUGUAUUCAAAACACCAAUCAAAGAUCAAUUGAAUAUCCGUGAAAAUGGAUUUGCCCACUUUGAAGCUCGCCUCGAGCCGGUGGGUGAUUCUACAUUGAAAGUGGAAUGGUUCAAAGAUGGACAUCCGAUCAAAGCCAGUUCACGGAUCACAUCAUUCUUCAAUUUCGGAUAUGUUGCAUUAACAAUUAAACACGUGUCUGUCCAUGACAUUGGUACAUACACAUGUCGUGCUACUAAUGCCAUUGGACAAGCCUCAACAUCGGCCCGAAUCACCGUUGUCACCAAGAAUGACAUCAGCUUCGACACAAACAAUCCAGCCGGAUUGCAAAAGAUCCAGAACUUGGAAGAUACAAGCAGAUACAGCCGUAAGGCAGAAGAAGAAGUGCAAAUUUUGCAGAAACCACGCUUUUUGGGCCCAAUGAAGGGAACAAAUAAAAUUAUUGAAGGACAACGCGCUCACUUUGAAGCUCGUGUUGAACCACAAAAUGAUCUAAAUCUGAAAAUUGAGUGGUAUCAUAACGGCAAAGCAAUCAUGCCGGCUAAUCGCAUCCAAAUCUAUCACGAUUUCGGCUAUGUCGCAUUAGAUAUAUUAAGCGUACGAGCUGAAGAUGCUGGAGUUUAUACCGUUGUGGCUAGAAACCAACUUGGUGAAGAGCAACUGUCCGCCCAAAUGGUAGUCGAAACUCGUUCAAGCAUAGAUACGUCAUCAAUGCACAAAGGCAUCUACGAAAAAACGCAAAAAUUAGAGAAUUCGAAAUUCGUUGAACCUCAAUAUGAAAUCGAAGAGAUUUCAAAAUCGAAACCUUAUUUUGUUCAACCAUUGUCGGACCCAAAACCCGUUAAUGAAGGCAAGAACAUCCAUUUGGAGUGUCGCCUCGAGCCAUUGGGCGAUCCAACCAUGCGUGUCGAAUGGUUUCAUAAUGGGAAACCCAUCACAAUUGGAUCACGCUUCCGUACAUACUAUGAUUUCGGUUUUGUUGCUUUGGAUAUUAUCCAUGCCAGCAGUCUUGACUCCGGUGAGUACACUGUUCGAGCCACAAACCAUCUUGGCUCGGCCCAUACAUCAUCCUGCGUCCGUGUCAUCGGUAAAUCGGACAUUUUGACUGAAACGCAAAAUGAAAUGUCAAUGGAGCAUAUACAAGCGCUUGAAGAUUCUUCACGCCGUCAACAUCAAGCAGCUGAAGAAAUUACUGUACUGCAAGCACCACAAUUCACUCGUCCAUUGCAUAACAUUGAAACGGUUGAAGGAACCAAUGUGCAUCUUGAAUGCCGAUUGCAGCCAGUCGGUGAUCCAACAAUGAGAGUAGAAUGGUUUGUCAACGGGCAUCCACUCAAAUUCGGUCAUCGCUUUAGACCAGCCCAUGAUUUCGAUUAUGUUGCUUUGGAUCUUUUGGGCGUGUAUGCUGUUGACUCAGGUGUUUACACUUGCCAAGCCCGAAAUCAACUUGGCGAAGCAGUCACCUCAUGUUCGGUUCGCGUUAUUGCACAAAAAGAUUUGAUUACGGAAACCCAAAACAAGUCUGGCUUAGAAAAGAUUCAAUAUUUGGAAGAUUCUUCACGCUACAAGCGUACCGAACAAAUUGACGAACAAUCAAACAUUAAACCACGAUUCUUGUCCAAACCAAAAGAUUUGUCGAAAUUGCGCGAAGGACAACACGCCCACUUUGAAUGCAAAUUGGAACCAGUCACCGAUUCCAAUUUGAAAGUGGAAUGGUUCAAGAACGGUCGCCCAGUCACAGUAGGUCAUCGUUUCCGUCCAAUUCACGAUUUCGGAUACGUUGCACUCGACAUUAUUGACUUGAUUGCGGAAGAUUCGGGCGUUUAUACAUGUCGCGCCGCCAAUUUGGUUGGUGUCGAUGAGACAACUUGCUCUCUGGAUUGCCGCAGUAGUCAACAAAUUUUGACAACAACUCAAAAUGAGGCUGGACUAGAGCAAAUUCAAUACUUAGAAGAUCGAUCGAAAUAUUCACGCAGUGAAGUGAAUGAGGAGAUUACCAAGCAAACACCAGUCUUCACAACAUCAUUGAAAAAUGUUGAUAUCAAGGAAGGUCAACGUGCUCAUUUCGAGUGCCGCAUUAUUCCAGUUUCCGAUCCAACAAUGAAGGUCGAAUGGUACCACAAUAAUAAGCCACUGAAAUCCGGAUCUAGAUUCACUGAAACCAACAAUUUCGGAUUCGUUGCAUUGGACAUCCUCUCUUGCUUGCCAGAAGAUUCGGGAACCUAUACUUGCCGUGCAAUCAAUGCUCUUGGUGAAGCCGUUACAUCGGCUAUUGCAAAUGUUCACACAAGAAAGGCCAUUUAUACUGAAUCGCAACACGAAGGCGCACUUCGCAGCAUCAACCACUUGGAGGAUACUUCGAGACAUCAAACACGAAGCGUUCAAGAAGAAAUCAUCACACAAGCACCAGUUUUCACGAUGCCUGUUCGUGACAUUCGUGUCGCCGAGAACCAAGCCGUUCAUUUCGAAGCACGUAUCAUCCCCGUUGGAGAUCCAAAACUCAAAGUCGAAUGGUUGAGGAAUGGUGUGCCACUAGAUGCAUCUAACCGAUUGACAACUAUGCACGACUUUGGAUACGUUGCCCUGAAUAUGAAAUACGUGAAUCCAGAAGAUUCGGGAACGUACACAUGCCGAGCCAUCAAUGAAUUGGGACAAGCUGUAACAUCUGCAGCGCUCAUUGUUCAAUCUAAAGCCGCUCUCCAAAUGGAAACGCAAAAUGAAUCGGCUCUGCAGAAGAUCCAUCAAUUGGAAGAUACUUCCCGCCAUCAACGACACGAGGAAGAGGAUACUAUUGUGCGUCAAGCACCUCGUUUUAUAACUCAAUUGAAUGGUCCAAGCAAUUUGCAUGAAGGUCAAAGUGCCCACUACGAAUGUCGCAUUGAACCAUAUCCAGAUUCGAAUUUGAAAGUUGAGUGGCUUUAUAAUGGAAAACCACUGCAAUCGGGCCAUCGAUUCCGCACAACUUACGAUUUCGGAUUUGCCGCACUUGACAUCUUGACUGUGUACGCUGAAGAUAGUGGCGAAUAUACAUGCCGUGUGACCAAUUUGAAUGGUCAAGCUCAGUCAGGUGUUAAGCUGGGCGUACAACCACGUGCCAGCAUCGUAUAUGAAACACAAAAUGAUAGCGCCUUGGAGAAGAUCCACUAUUUGGAAGGUGAUUCGCGUUACAAACGCAAGGCAGAUGAUGAUGUAAUUGUUUUGGAGAAGCCUGAAUUUGGCCGACCAUUGCGAAAUGCGGCUGUGCAAGAAGGGAAACCAGUACACUUGGAAGCCACUUUGACUCCUGUCAAUGAUCCAACAAUGGUGGUCGAAUGGUUUUGCAAUGGUAAACCAGUCCAACAAGGACAUCGUUUCAAAACCACCUACGAUUUCGGUUUUGUUGCCCUCGAUAUUCUCUAUGCACACUCCGAAGAUACUGGAACCUACAUGUGCAAGGCUAAGAACGCAGUUGGUGAAGCUGUAACAACUUGCUCCGUUUCCGCAGCUGCUAACGCUGGUCUAUUCUUGGAAACGUUGGACGAGCAACGAUUGCAGAAGAUUCGCCAAUUGGAAAGCUACCAAAAACCAAAAGAACCAGAAGCUGAAGAAGUUGGACAGAAACCAGUGUUCUUGAAUCCAUUGACAAGUUUGGAAAACCUCAAGGAAGGUGAUCACGCCCACUUGGAAUGUCGCGUUGAGCCGAUCAAUGACGCCAAUUUGAAGAUCGAAUGGUUCAGAAAUGGAAAGCGAUUGGCUACUGGACAUCGCUACAGAACAACACACGACUUUGGAUAUGUCGCACUUGAUAUUUUGUAUGUGUAUGGCGAAGAUUCUGGAACUUACAUGUGCAAAGCAACGAAUUUAUUGGGCGAAGCAAUGAAUACAUGCAACAUUCGUUGCGUAAACCGAAAGAGUAUCAUUUUGGAUACACAGCAUCCAGAUGGAUUGGAGAAAAUCCAAAAACUCGAAUCACGCGGAGCUCCAACUCGCAACGAAAUCGCUGAAGUUCCAAUCACACCACCACGAUUCACCACCAACUUGCAUGGUUCUACCGAAAUUUAUGAAGGUCAAACCGCCCACUUCGAGGCACAAGUUGAGCCAAUCCAUGAUGCUAAUCUACGCAUUGAAUUCUACCACAAUGGAAAGCUUUUGCAGUCUGCCUCACGAUUCCAUACCACUUUCGAUUUUGGCUAUAUUUCACUUGACAUUCAAAAAGCAGUGGCUGAAGAUGCUGGCGAGUACAUGGUCCGUGCCUUCAAUGCGCUCGGUGAAAGUCGAUCAUCAAUCCGUUUGAAUGUCAUUGCCAAAGGCAGCAUUAUCACCGAGUCUCAACGACCAGAGGGACUCGAAAAGAUUCGUCAAUUGGAAUUGGGAACACCACAUGCUCGACCAGAAGUACCUGAACCGGUAACAAGACAACGUCCGGUGUUCACUCAACCAUUACAAAAUAUCGACUCAAUCACUGAAGGUCAAACCGCACACUUUGAAUGUCGUUUGAUUCCAGUUGGAGAUCCAACGUUGAAGGUUGAGUGGUAUCGUAACGAACAACUCAUCGAAGACAGCUCACGCAUUACAAAACAACAUGAUUUCGGUUUUGUUUCGAUGGACAUAACCCAUAUUCGGGCCGAAGAUCAAGGAGUUUACAUGUGCCGUGCCACAAAUGCUUUGGGCGAAGCUGUCACAACGGCUGCCAUGAAGAUUCGCACACACGCUAGCAUCCAAAUGGACACACAACAUCCAGACAGUAUUCCUAAAUUGCAACAACUUGAACGACCAGCUCAAGGACCUGCACCUGCACCAGAGCGUGUAUUCGAAAAGCCAAUCUUCACUCAGCUUUUGACUGGCCCAGCUGAAUUAUGGGAAGGACAACAUGCUCACUUUGAAGCACGCGUUGUACCUGUUGGCGAUCCAAACUUACGUUAUGAAUGGUACGUCAAUGGCGUUGAAUUGAAAAUGGGAUCUAGACUCCGUACUUCGCAUGACUUUGGAUUCGUAUCACUCGAUAUUAGCUCAGUCGUAACGGAAGAUUCCGGCAUUUAUAUGUGCAAGGCAAUCAAUUUGGCCGGUGAAGCUGUAUCAUCGACUGGCAUGAAAGUCAAAGGAAAAUCAUCAAUCGUUGGUGAUACAUUGUCGCCAGAAUCAUGGCAACAAAUCCAAUUGAAAGAAGCCGCCAUGAAUCGUGUGCCAGAAAUGUUUGUUGAUGCCACACCUCAACCAGCUCCAGUGUUUACAACUCAUUUGCAGAGCUACGAAAAAUUGGUCGAAGGACAAAACAUUCAACUGGAAGCACAAGUUGAGCCACGUGCUGAUCCAAAUUUGAAGAUCGAAUGGUUUAAGAAUGGGGUAUCUUUAACAACUGGAUCGCGCAUACGAAGCACAUUCGAUUUCGGUUUGGUGAUCUUGCAAAUCAAUUCAUUGCGCGAUGACGAUUCUGGCAUUUACACGUGCAAGGCCACAAACUUGGUGGGCGAAGCCGUUUCAACAUCAUCGAUCAGAGUUGGUGAUAAACAUUGGUUGCUUGGCGAUUCUUUGCAUCCAGAUGCUUUGCCACGCAUCGCUCAGUUGGAAGAGCCAAAACCAGGCCGCCCCGAAAUACCAGAACCAGUUUAUGAAUCACCAGUCUUCAUCACUCAUUUGAACAAUAUUGAAUGCAAAGAAAAUGAUAAUGUCCGUUUCGAAUGUAACGUUGAACCGGCCAGAGAUCCAACCAUGCAAAUCGAAUGGUUCUUCAAUAACAAACCAGCUAAUGCUGGUUCCAAAUAUAAGACCACCUAUGACAUGGGAUACUGUGGUUUAGAUAUCGUGUCAACAUAUGCUGAAAACUCAGGCAUUUACACAUGCAAGGCAACCAACUCAAAGGGAACUGCAUCAACAUCGGGCAGUUUGCGAUGCGUCGGAGCGCAAACAAUGUUCUUGGACACACAACAUCCACAGGGACAAAGUGGAUUGGAAGCCGUUCAAGAGACCGAAGAAGCAUUGGCUAAUAGAUACAACCGCGAAGUAUUCAAACCAGAGAAAGAUUAUCCAGCUCCAGUAUGGACCAAACCAUUGGAACCAGAAUUCCGUUUGAAUGAAAAUCAAGCUCUUCAUUUGGAGGGCCAAGUCGAACCAAAGGAAGAUCCAAACUUAAAGAUUGAAUGGUAUUUCAAUGGGAAAGUAUUGCAACACGGUUCCCGAUUCAAAAUGAAUAGCGAAUUCGGUUUCGUUACACUUGAUUUGGUCGAUGUAUACGAACGUGAUCAAGGUAUUUAUACCUGCAAAGCAACCAACAGAAAGGGAGAAGCCUUUACUACAAGCACAAUUGUUUGCACUGGAAAAGAGAGCAUCAUUGAGGGCACUCAACAUCCUAAAGGCGCCGAGGGACUUGAAACUAUUCAGAAUUUGGAAGAUUCGUUGCGCAAACCCGAUGCUGGCGCUGAACAAGCUGAAAGUGGUCAACCACCUCGUUUCACAACUGAAUUUGUUACAAUUCCAAACAUUUCUGAAGGUGAAAUUGCUCACUAUGAUGCCAUGCUCGUUCCAACUGGCGAUCAAUCGAUGGUUGUGGAAUGGUUCUAUAAUGGACAAAGCAUUGAUGCCAGUCAUCGUUUUAAAACCGUGUACGCAUUUGGUAUGGUUGUGCUAGAGAUAAUUGGAACGAAAAUCGAAGACUCUGGUACAUAUACAUGCCGUGCUACGAACAAACACGGAACAGCUGAAAUCAGCACAUUUUUGACAUGUGUUGAGCGUUUAGCUGGACAGCCACCUAAAUUCACCACUCAAAUUCAGAACCUUACUGGAUUAAAAGAUGGUCAAUCGGCCCACUUUGAAUGCACAUUGGUUCCGGUUAACGAUCCAGAAUUGAAAGUUGAAUGGUACUGUAAUGGGAAACCGAUCCGCCACUCAACCAGAAUCAAGCCUGUUUCCGACUUCGGCUAUGUUUUGCUCGAUAUUGCUUACGUGCAAAGCCACGAUUCUGGUGAUUACGUAUGCCGAGCGUGGAACAAGUAUGGUGAAGAUUUCACUCGUGCCACCAUCGAAUGCUUCGGAAAGAGUGGAGUUUUCUAUGAUAGCUUGCAGCCACAGUCUUUGGAACGAAUUCGUGAAUUGGAAGCAUUAGGGUUGCCACAACAAGCAGCACCACGAACACCAACUGGAGAAGCGCCACGCUUCAUUACCGAAUUGCAGGAUAUUUCCAAAUUGGUUGAAGGUCAAAGUGCGCACUUCGAAGCCCGAUUGACACCAGUCAAUGAUCCAGAUUUGGUCGUUGAAUGGUAUUACAAUGGAAACAAGUUACCACAUGGCCACCGAUUCCGUACUUUCCAUGACUUUGGCAUCGUUAUUUUGGACAUUUUGUACUGUUACGAAGAAAACUCUGGCGAAUAUGAGUGCCGUGCUUCAAAUAAAUACGGAACAGCUGUGACCAAGUCAUCAUUGCGCUGCUAUUCCAAGACCAACCUCGUCCUUGACUCACAAUUGCCAAGAGGAAUGGAAGGUGGUUUGGAGAAGAUUCAAGAUCUUGAAGAUUCACAAAUUCGUACUAGAACCGAAGCUGUUGAAGAAACGAAGGGUAGAGCACCUGUAUUUACUGUUCCAUUGUCGAAUGUAGAUAGUUUGCGCGAAGGUGAAAAUGUUCACUUCGAAGCCCGUGUCACUCCAACUGACGAUCCAAAAUUGAAGAUUGAAUGGUAUUUCAAUGGCAAACCGGCGAAGACCGGCUCACGUUUCCGUACAUUCUGUGACUUUGGAUUUGUCAUUUUGGAAAUUUCACCAGUUUAUCCAGAAGACUCUGGCGAAUACGCAUGCCGUGCAAUCAACGAAUACGGACAAGCCGUUACAACUGCAUCGAUGAAGGUUCAAGGAAAGCGAAGCAUUAUCCUUGAGUCACAAUUGCCCAAAGGAAUGGAAGGAACCAUCGAUAGAAUCGCCGAACUCGAAGGACUUGGUGUUCAAUAUGGUGAGACAAUGCCCGAAGAAGAGACUGGCAAGCCGCCAGAGUUCAUUACUUCACCAGCUGAUCUAACAAUCAAUGAGAAUGGAUUGGCCCACUUUGAAUGUCGCUUGACACCAAUUAACGAUCCAAGCUUACAAGUUGAGUGGUAUCACAAUGGCAAAGCACAAUGGCAGGGCUCGCGCAUCAAGACAAUAAACGAUUUCGGUUUUGUCAUCUUGGAAAUUGCUGGAUGCUAUCAGCGUGACGGUGGUUUGUACACAUGCAAAGCAACGAAUAAGCAUGGCGAAGCAACUGUUUCGUGCAAAUUGAAAGUAAAAGGUCGUCAAGGAAUCAUAAUGGAACCACAAUUACCAUCCAACUUCAGAACCGGUACGGAGAGUUUGCAGAAACUUGAGGAAAAUCUGCAUAAGCGGGAAGAAAUCUUUGUCGAUGAAGAAGAAGCUCAUCCACCUAAAUUCACCGUUGAUAUCUCCGAUAACUUGGAUAUACCAGAAGGUGGACCAAUUCAUUUCGAUUGCCGCGUUGAACCAGUUGGGGAUCCAUCGAUGCGCAUUGACUGGUUUUUCAAUGGCCGUCCAUUGGCCACUGGCUCAAGAGUACAUCAACUCAACGAUUUUGGAUUCAUUGCACUCGAUAUCGACUAUAUUUACUUGCGUGAUUCUGGAGAAUAUGUUUGCAGAGCAACUAACAAAUGGGGACAAGCCGUAACUAAAGCUAAAGUUACAUGCAUCGGCAAACAAGGAAUCAUUUCAGAUUCACAAUUGCCCCAAGGCAUGACUGCAGAGCACUUGAAGGACUUGGAACGUGGACCAAUCACCGAACCAGUUCCUGAAGAAGCACCAGCUGGACCACCAAAAUUCAUUACACACAUUACAUCACGUACUGUUGAAGAGUCGGAAUGCACUCGUUUCGAGUGUCGCGUUGAACCAAAGGGAGAUCCAAAACUUCGUAUCGAAUGGUACCGCAACGGUAAGCCACUACCAAUGGGACAUCGCUACAGAAAUGUUCACGACCUUGGAUAUGUGUCGCUGGACAUUUUGUAUGUUUACGCCGAAGAUUCGGGUGAAUAUGUAUGCCGUGCCGUUAAUGAUUUUGGUGAGGACUUCACCAAAGCAAACAUUUCAUGCAAAAAAUUGCCAUCGAUUAUUUUGCAAAAUCAAGUUCCGAAGGGAAUGAAAACAUCCGAAACAUUGAUGCAAAUGGAAGCUGCCAUCAAGAAAUACACUUCGGAAGUUUUCCUUACGGAAGAUGACUUAUAUGAUGCCGAUAAGAAGCAACCACCACGUUUCGUCACUCAAAUCAAAGAUCAAACAACUCUUGUUGAGAUGCAAUCAACCAAAUUCGAAUGUCAAUUGGCCCCAGUCGGCGAUCCAAAUAUGAAAGUUGAGUGGUUUUUCAACGGGAAGCCCCUGCAUCAUAAGAAUCGCUUCGAGCCGAUUUAUGAUUUUGGUUAUGUUGCAAUGAACUUUGGAUGGGUCUAUCCAGAAGAUAGCGGUGAAUAUGUGUGCAGAGCAACGAACUUGUACGGACAAGAUGAAACUAGAGCAAUCAUCAAAACAUCAGGAAAGCCUGGAAUCAUCUACGAUUCACAAUUGCCCAAGCACAUGAAAAGUAUCGAAAAGAUUCGUGAGAUGGAAGCCUCUUGGCAAGUUGCACCGGAACAACCAGAUGAAGACGCCAAACCAAGAACUGCGCCAGUUUUCGUUAGUAAACCAGAAUCGGUUGAGGUGGAGGAAGGUGAAUGGGCUCGGUUCUGCGCUCGUGUCACCGGCCAUCCACGCCCUCGCGUUAUGUGGCUUGUAAAUGGCCAUACCGUUGUUAAUGGCUCUCGAUUCAAACUAACGUACGAUGGAAUGUACCAUUUGGAUAUACCAAAAACAAGACAAUACGACACCGGUAAAAUUGAGAUAAUAGCCAGAAGUUCAGUUGGUGAAACAAUGGCUACAGCCGACCUCAAAAUUGUUCCACGAACUGACGAUUAUCGCAAUGUCCUUAAGAACUCGCCAAGACCCUGGUACGAUUCCGAAUUGGUUCCUUAUCAAAAAGAAAGACAAGAAACUGAGCUGGAGAAAACAUUUGAGGAUCGAAGACAACAGAAGGCUGAACAAGGCACCGUAAAUGUCGGACAGCAUUUCAGCAAGACACCACAAGGAUUUAAGCAAGUUCCUGAAUGGACGAAGGCCGUACAACAAAAGAAAAACGAAAACUAUUAUAGUCAAUUGCAAGAGCUUGAAACCGAUCAACUGCUUCGCGAGACAAAAUUACGCGAAGAAAGCCACCAAUAUGCCAUUCCAGGCGAAAAAGUCGUCAAUAAGUCGAUGGCGAAAGGAAUGGCACAGAAAUAUCAAGAACAAUUAGAGAAAACCGAAGAUGUCGUUGAUUCAGGCACCAAAACGGUUCGAAAAAUACAACAACAGCAAUCAAUUCAACCGCAAGAAUCAUCAGUUCAUGGUCGCGAAGUACACGUAAAUCGUCAAAAGCAAACGCAAAAAGAAACCAUUGGUGAUGUAGAAAUCACACGUAAAAUUACCGCAACGGAGACAACCGAGAUGGAGCACAAAGGAUUAGCACAAGAACGUGUUGUGGCAGGACCAGUUAAACCAUCCAACCCACCAUUCUUCACAAAGAAGAUGCAACCAUGCCGUGCGUUUGAAAAUGAUCAAGCUCGUUUCGAAGUUGAAUACGAUGGAGAUCCAAUUCCAAAAGUGCAAUGGUACCGUGAAGACUUCCCAAUUCAAAAUUCGCCAGUGUUCCAAAUCCAUACAUUUGGAACCAAGUCAAUCUUGAUGAUUCGCCAAGUCUUCCUGGAAGAUUCGGCAAUGUUCUCAGUUAUUGCCGAGAAUGCUGGUGGUACGGCUAAGUGCAGUGCCAAUUUAGUAGUCGAAGAACGCAAGCGUCCAGGCAAAGGAACGAUAAGUCCACCAAGUUUCUUGUCUACUGCUCAAGACGCCACCGUUAAUGAAGGACAAUUGGCACGUUUUGACGCCAAAAUCAAUGGUACCAAGCCGUUGGAUGUGUACUGGUUGAAGGGUGGAAAGAAGAUCAUUCCGAACAUCAAGUACAAGAUUGUUGAAGAGGACAAUACCUACACUUUAUUGAUCAUCGAAGCGUUCCAAGAAGAUGCGGGCGCUUAUGAAUGCGUCGCCGUAAACAAUGCAGGCGAAGCUCGUUGUGAAGCCGAAUGCACAGUCGUAUCAUCUAAAUCUGCGGCAAAGAAACCGCAACAAAGUGUACCUGGUACCGAGAAAACACCAACACUUAUUGAGCCAUUGAAAGAUCAGACAAUCAGUGAAGGCUCGAGCGUUGUGUUCAAAUGUCGUGUGAUUGGCAAACCAAAUCCAACUGCUCAAUGGUUCAAAGGACCGAACAUUAUUAAACCGUCGAAAUUUUUCCAAAUGUCACGUGAUGGAGAAUAUUACACUUUGCGCAUAAGUGAAGCCUUCCCUGAAGAUGAAGGCGCUUAUAAGUGCGAAUUGGCCAAUACACUCGGAAAGAUCACAACAAGCGCUAAUUUGCGUGUACAAGCACCAGAAAUGCAAGAAAGUUUGCCAACAUUGUCACCAAUGAAAGAUGUUGUUGUACCGGAGGGAAGCCCAGCUCAAUUCAAAACAACGAUUUUAGGAAAAACCAAACCAACCAAUGUCCAAUGGUUCCGCGAAGGUGCUCUGAUUCCCGAAUCACCGGACUUCCAGAUGAUCUUCGAUGGAAACAAUGCCGUCCUAUUGAUUGCAACUACAUAUGAAGAAGACUCUGGUCUUUUCACUUGCCGUGUAACCAGCUCUGCGGGCCAGGUCAAAACAUCGGCCAAACUUAUCGUUAAAAGUAAGAACUAAAUAAGAUCUGUUGUCUGAACCGUUUCUGUUUUGUGUUAUUUGUUUGAUUUGUAAUUUUCGCGAUAAAUUGUUUUUAGCUUUGAACAUUUAAAAGCAAAAAAAAAACGACAGCACUAAAAAUUGAGAAAAAUAUCCGGUGCAUAGAAAUUUGCCGAGUAAACAAAAAAAGAGUUAUUUAAUUAUCCCGUAAAAUCAAUACAUUUAUGUGAAGAAAAAAAAUCAUAAAUUUCAUUUAAAAAUAAAACAAAGUUUGCUUUUUGAGUGUGAGGGCACAGCAUUACAGCCAAAAAGACAUCCAUAUGUCAAUACUCAUAUCACAUAAUUUGCAAGUAUUUUUGGUGCGAAAUUUUUGUUGAUUUUUUGUUCCAUUUCGACCAAUCAGAGAGAAAAGGUCAACAAAAUUAGAUACUUGUGAAUAUAUGAUCAAGUAAAUUUUUGGUUGAAUAAUGUAAAGUACGCAAGAGAUGUAAACCAUUUAAUUGUGUCCCACUCUCAGAUUCGCAAGCAAGUUUGACAAAAGCGAUAACUGAUUGCAUGAUUGCAUUCACUUAUUUGCGUAGAGUGAAGAAAAUGAAGACAAUAAAAUUAUUGAGUGUGUUCACGAAUGUGUUUUAUUCGAUGAGGUUUUCACUUUGAUGCAAAUCGAAAAAUCGUCGAAUAGAGCAUUUCUGAAAGAUGUCUUCAAAUAUAAUUUAUUUUUUCUAAAUAAUUUUGUUUGCAUAAUAAAAAAAAAAAAGAAAAAGAAAAGAAACACAACUAAAAACAAAUGUUAUAAUGAGUGCCAAUAAAGUGUUGAAAAUAGAAAGCAAA